AUGGCCCUGAUGGCCCCGCAUGGGUACUUCUCACAUCCGCUCGACUCCUCUGCUCCACCCAUGCCCGUGCCUGCAACCAUGCCGCUGUCCCUGUCUCUCCCUGUCGCUACCUCCAUGCCCAUGCCCAUGGCCAUGCGUGUCCCCAUGCGAGUCCCCAUGCCCCUCUCCAUGCCUGCGCAUGUAUCCAUACCCAUGCCUGGUCAUGCUUCCAUGCCUGCGCAUGCUUCCAUACCUGCCCAUGCUUCCAUACCUGCCCAUGCUUCCAUACCUGCCCAUGCCUCCAUAUCUGCCCAUGCUUCCAUGCCCCCCCGCACAUCCCUACCUCCCCGUGCAUCCUUGCCUGUUCACGCAUUCAUGCCUGCCCAUGCAUCCAUGCCCGUGCCUCCCCGCCCAUGGAACCCCCCUCCUUCCUCCACGUCAUCUCCUCCUAUGGUCACGCCUGCAGUAAACGGCUCCUCUGCAGGGCCGCCAGCUGUCGCGCUGUCCUCCCCUGCGCCCGUCGCCCCCUCCGUGCCUGAUGCCCCUGUGCACCUGCCUCGCCCCUUCAGACCCCUGCCAACUGCACCCGCUGCUGCUGCUGCUGCUGCUGCUGCUGCUCCUGGUGCCCUUGCUCCUCGUGCUGCUACGGCUGACGACGACGAGGAUGAGGAGGAGGACGAGGACGAGAAGAAGGAGGACGGGCAGCAUGCAGGGGAAGGCGAGAGGAACGGUAUGAAUCUCUACGUGCCUUCUGUUGCUGGGUCCCCGCAUGUGUCCACUGCUGCUGCUGCUGGCUAUGGCAGCGGUAUCAGUGGCGGCAGUGGCACUGGAACAGCUUGCGAGUCUGCCUCUGCUGCUGCGGCGGCGGCUUGUGUUGGGAAUGCAAGUGGGGCUGGAGGGGUGGAUGAGGCAGCGGACAGGAAUGGGGGGCGGAGAGUGCUGAGGAUGAAGUGGGAGGCUGUCACUGUGGCAAAGCCCACUGCUUCCCGUCCAUCUGCCUCCUCCUCUCCACCCUUCCCCCUCCGCCCCUCAUACCCUUGGUCUGUUUCCACUGCCCCCGCCGCCCCUGCCCCCGCUGCCCCCGCUGCCCCCGCUGCACCCGCUGCCCCCACUUCUCAUCAUGCCGCCAUGCUGCCUGCCUCGCACGCGCCUGCCAAGCCUCCUGCUCUACCUCUCAUGGCCCCACACACCCCGUCCGUGCACCCACACACCCCCUCAGUGCUCCCUCACACUCCCCUCUCGACGCCUCACACCCCUGUCCGUCCCUCGUCUCUCUCCUCCUCGUCCUAUCCUCCCUCGGCCUCAUCGGGAGCAAUGGUGCCCCCCCAGUCUCUGCAGUCAUCCGACCAUCAAGCAUCUGCAUCUGCAUCUGCCUUGGCAGGCAUGGCACCCAUGGGUGGGAGUGCAGCAGCACCCAUAGCAGUUUCCUCUGCAUGGCGGCUGCCUCAGAGAACGCAAUCCCAGUCGCAAGCAGAGGUGCAAGUUGGAGCAUAUCAUGCGGCAGGAAGUGCAGAGAGAGAAGCACAGCCCGAAGGGCGGUCUUUUGUGCUUGGACCAGGGUCAGCAGCAACCUUGGGGCCCGCAGGCAUGGCAGCUUCAGCCGCACCUGUUGCAGAGGCCAGCAGUCCCAUUCAAACUCGUGCUCCUGCUUAG